AUGUCGAAGCGCCGACUGGCCGAGGAAGCCGCGGAUGAGCGCCACAUCAUGCGCAUCAUGCCGCUGGGCGCCGGCAACGAGGUGGGUCGCUCUUGCAUUGUGCUCAAGUUCAAGGGCAAGACCAUCAUGCUAGACUGCGGCGUGCACCCAGGCUACUCUGGUCACGGUAGUCUGCCCUUCUUCGACGGCGUGGAGGCCGAGGAGAUCGACCUGCUGCUCAUCACGCACUUCCACAUCGACCACGUGGCUGCACUGCCGCAUUUCACCGAGAAAACGAACUUCAAAGGCCGCGUAUUCAUGACGCACCCUACAAAGGCCGUGAUGCAGAUGAUGUUACGCGAUUUCCUGCGUGUAUCCAACAUCUCUGUGGAUGACCAGAUUUAUGACGAUAAAGACCUUAACAACUGCGUCUCCAAGGUCGAGAUCAUCGAUUUCCACCAAGAGAUGAUGCACAAUGGCAUCAAGUUUACGCCUUACAACGCUGGUCAUGUACUGGGGGCGUGUAUGUACCUCAUCGAGAUUGGAGGCGUCAAGGUGCUCUACACAGGAGAUUAUUCGCUCGAGAAUGACCGUCAUCUCAUGGCAGCUGAGCUACCAGCUUGUUCGCCCGAUGUGCUCAUUGUGGAGUCCACAUACGGUGUGCAAGUACACCAGUCCGUAGUGGAGCGUGAAGGACGCUUUACAGGGCAAGUUGAGGCUGUAGUGCGUCGUGGAGGUCGCUGUCUGAUCCCAGUGUUCGCUCUGGGGCGUACCCAGGAGCUACUACUGAUUCUAGACGAGCAUUGGCGCUCACACCCGGAUCUACAGGACAUUCCCAUCUACUUUGCGUCCAAAUUGGCAGCCAAGGCUCUGCGUGUGUACCAGACAUACAUCAACAUGAUGAACGACCGUAUCCGCAAGCAGAUCGCCAUCUCGAACCCGUUCCAGUUCGAACACAUCUCGAACCUCAAGAGUAUGGAUGAUUUCGACGACUCUGGGCCGUCUGUAGUGAUGGCCAGUCCCGGUAUGCUGCAGAGCGGAGUCUCUCGACAACUCUUCGAGCGUUGGUGCUCGGAUAAACGCAAUGCCUGCUUGAUUCCUGGCUACGUGGUCGAAGGUACGUUAGCUAAGAAGAUUCUGUCCGAGCCGACGGAGAUCGCGGCGUUGGAUGGUCGUAUCAUCCCGAUGAACUGCACAGUCGAGUACAUUUCCUUCUCGGCACACGCAGACUUCGUGGGUACCAGUGGAUUUGUGGAGAAACUCACACCGCCCAACAUUGUGCUGGUUCACGGCGAGAAGAACGAGAUGAUGCGGCUGAAGUCAGCGUUGAACAAGAAGUUUAACGACCCGAAAGUCUACCAUCCGAGUAUCUCCACACCAGCCAACAUGCAGGAGAUUGUACUCGAGUUUAAAGGAGAGAAGAUCGCCAAGGCUAUUGGAGGUUUGGCCAGUAAUCAGCCAAAGAAUGGAACAAUUAUCUCUGGUCUCUUGGUGGAGGUGGACUCGCAGACGCAUCUGAUGGAUAAGGAAGAUCUCUCGACGUACACGAAGCUCAUUUCCGGUACGAUUACGCAGAAGCAGCACGUGCCAUUCGAGUACAACUCGUUCGACGUGUUGAUCACGUUUAUUCGUCAGAUGUACGAGGAUGUGGUGCAUCUGGAGAAGGAGAACCGUGUCGCGGUGUGCAAGCAGGUGGUUGUCACGCGUUGUGCUGUGGCUAAAGGUGCAACUGAGAAGCUGGUUGUGGAGUGGACGUCUGCCCCCACCGCUGAUAUGAUUGCAGACUCGUUGAUCGCUCUCGCUAUGCACGCACAGGCCAGUCCUGCUAGUUUCAAGCUGAGUAACCAGCCGACAGCUGCGUGUCCGCAUGACCACUCGAAGAAGACGAACACGGAGGAUGAAGCGAAUGGCAAGAAGGACACAACAGAUCUGGAGAAGGCAGCACGGGAGCUGGGUGGGGCUGACCAAGAUGCGUUGAACCUGUUGAUCGUGUUCCGUCUACUGAAGGAUCAAUAUGGAGACGUUGACUUGGACUUCGAGACCAACAAGAUUCACGUGCGAACACCGAGCGGUGUCGACGCUGUGGUUGAUCACGCGUCACAGGAGGUUGAAUGCAAGGACGCGACGCUCAAACUCAAGCUGCAGACGACAAUUCAACGCAUCGAAGGAGCGCUCAAACCCAUUGCGACGUCGUGA